UCCUUCCUCCUGCUGACGUCAGAGCAGCCAGUAGUUUGUCCUCGCACUGCUGCUCGAGCUCGGACUGCUGGAGAUAAUCUGCGAGGAGGAGGAGGAGCUGUCAAAGUUUGACUUUCUUUCCCAGAAGAAGGAAAAGUCUUUAACUCAAAGGAGAAAGAAACCAAACAGCUUUCUGGAUCUAUAUCUCGUGUUGUUGGAAUGGACUGACACCUUUCUCACCGGGAGCUCCAGAAACACGAUGGCGACCCGUUUAGUUUGGUGGAUCAGUCUCACCUCUCUGCUCUGCCUGGGCUGCUCUGUGCUGGCGGAAAAGAAAGUAUGCCAAGGCAUUACCAACCGUUUAAACCUUCUGGGUUCCAAAGAGGACCACUACAAGAACAUGGUGAAGACCUACAUGAACUGCACCGUUGUCCUGGAGAACCUGGAGGUCACCUACAUGGAGGAGCACCGGGACCUGUCCUUCCUCACGUCUAUUGAAGAAGUGGGCGGCUACGUGCUGAUCGCCCUCAACACAGCGUCCAGGAUUCCUCUGCAGAACCUGCGCAUCAUUCGAGGUCAUUCGCUCUAUGAGGGGAUGUUUGGCCUCGCUGUGCUGACCAAUUAUGACAAAGAUACCAAUCAGGGCACCAAUGAGCUUCUUCUGACCAGCCUGACAGAAAUUCUUAAAGGAGGUGUAAAGUUCGGGACCAACCAGCCGUGCAAUGUGGAAACGAUACAGUGGAACGAUAUCGUCAACGCUGACAGCAAACCCAAAAUGGUGCUCCCACAGGCCAUCAGCCAUCCACGUUGUAAAAAAUGUGACUCAAGCUGCUUCAACGGCUCCUGCUGGGCACCCGGUCCUCAAAACUGUCAGACCUUAACGAAGCUGAACUGUGCACAGCAGUGCUCUAAGAGAUGCAAAGGGCCUUCGCCCAGCGACUGCUGUAAUGAGCAUUGUGCUGCCGGCUGCACGGGACCGCGGCCCACCGACUGUCUGGCCUGUCGGGACUUCCAGGACGAAGGGGUGUGUAAAGACGCGUGCCCGGGCCUCAUGCUCUAUGACCCCAACCUGCACCAGCUGGUACCCAAUCCACACGGAAAGUACAACUUCGGGGCCAAGUGCGUCACAAGCUGCCCACAUAACUAUGUUGUAACUGAUCACGGAGCGUGUGUGCGGACGUGCAGCGGGAACACAUACGAAGUGGACGAGGAAGGAAUCAGGAAGUGCGCCAAGUGUGACGGACUGUGUCCAAAAGUGUGUAAUGGACUUGGAACAGGAAACCUGACUCACAUCUUGUCUAUCAAUGCCACCAACAUUGACUCCUUCAAAAACUGCACGAAAAUCAACGGUAACAUUGCUAUCAUCCACCCAUCCAUUUAUGGGGAUCGAUUUACCAAAACACCAAAGAUGGAGCCUGCCCAGCUUGAUGUGUUUAAGACAGUGAAGGAAAUUACUGGAUACUUGUUGAUUCAGACGUGGCCAGAAAACCUUACCUCACUCAGACCUUUUGAGAAUCUGGAGAUCGUUCGAGGACGAACUAAACGUGGUAGCCAAAGUUUGAUGCUGGCUCAGCUCGAUAUCGAAUACUUGGGCCUUCGCUCCCUCAAAGAAAUCAGCGACGGAGACGUGGUCAUCGUUAAGAACCGGAACCUGUGCUACACCAACAAAAGCCACUGGAAGGGCCUCUUCAAAUCAGAAAGCCAAAGUGCCAAAAUAGAGGAAAAUGCUGCAGCUGCCACAUGUGCCCUGUGUGACAGGAAGUGUACCACGGACAGCUGCUGGGGGCCCGGCCCGGACAUGUGCUUCUCCUGCCGUGACUACAAACGUGAUGGGAGCUGUGUUGACUCUUGCAACAUCCUGGAGGGAGAACCGCGGGAGACCGUCGUGAAUAAAAUCUGCGAGAAGUGUCACCCCGAGUGUAAACACAUGAAUGGGACUGCAACCUGCAAUGCGCCUGGCUCUGAAAACUGUACAAAGUGUGCCAACUUCCAAGACGGCCUGUUCUGUGUGCCUCGCUGUCCACAAGGCGUGCCAGCGGAGGACGACACGCUGGUGUGGAAAUACGCAGACAAGAUGAAAGUGUGCAAGCUGUGCCACAAAAACUGCACUCGGGGGUGCAUGGGUCCUGGUCUCAAAGGCUGCCAGAGUAAAAGCCACUCUGGUCUUUCCAUGAUUGCGGCUGGUGUAGUCGGCGGGCUGCUGGCUGUUCUCGUUGCAGGCCUGUCUGUGUUUGUGUUGCUACGCCGACGCCACAUCAAGAGGAAGAGAACCAUGCGCAGGCUUCUCCAGGAGAGAGAGCUGGUUGAACCUCUGACUCCAAGCGGAGAGGCACCAAACCAGGCUCUGCUGCGGAUCCUGAAGGAACCCGAGUUUAAGAAAAUCAAAGUGCUGGGAUCAGGAGCUUUUGGUACCGUUUACAAGGGCCUGUGGGUUCCAGAGGGAGAGGAUGUGAAGAUCCCUGUGGCCAUCAAGGUUUUGAGAGAGGCCACAUCACCAAAAGCAAACAAAGAGAUCUUGGACGAAGCUUAUGUGAUGGCCAGUGUGGAACACCCUCAUGUGUGUCGUCUGCUUGGCAUCUGCCUGACCUCCACUGUGCAGCUCGUCACCCAGCUGAUGCCCUACGGCUGCCUGCUGGACUAUGUCAAAGAGAACAAAGACAAUAUCGGCUCCCAGUACCUGCUCAACUGGUGUGUGCAGAUAGCCAAGGGUAUGAACUACCUGGAGGAGCGCCACUUGGUGCACUGCGACUUGGCAGCGAGAAACGUCCUAGUGAAGACUCCUCAACAUGUCAAGAUCACCGACUUUGGUCUGGCCAAACUCCUCAACGCAGACGAGAAAGAGUACCACGCAGAUGGAGGAAAGGUACCAAUAAAAUGGAUGGCUCUUGAAUCUAUCCUGAACAGAACGUACACACACCAGAGUGACGUAUGGAGUUACGGAGUAACCAUUUGGGAGCUCAUGACAUUCGGGACCAAACCGUAUGAUGGGAUUCCGGCCAGUGAAAUAGCCAGGGUCCUGGAGAAAGGGGAGCGACUGCCUCAACCACCAAUCUGUACCAUAGAUGUCUACAUGAUCAUGGUGAAAUGCUGGAUGAUUGAUGCAGAUAGCCGACCUCGUUUCCGGGAAUUAAUAGCUGAGUUCACAAAAAUGGCUCGGGAUCCUCCUCGAUAUCUGGUCAUUCAGGGCGAUGACCGCAUGCACCUGCCGAGUCCACAAGACCCUAAAUUGUACCGCAACCUGAUCAGCGUGGAAGGCAUGGAGGACGCCGUGGACGCGGACGAGUACCUGGUGCCACAACAUGGCUUCUUCAGCAGUCCGAGCACCUCCGUCACCCCACUGCUUCACUCCUCGAGCCUCAACAGUAGCACUGGAACAUACCACGGCAGAAAUGGCUUAUUGAAUGGAUUCCCGAGCAGAGACGGAAGCAUUGUUCUCCGAUAUAUUCCCGACCCCACGGACAAACUUUUAGACGAGGCCUUCCUGCCGUCUCCAGACUACAUGAACCAGAACGGAGUCUCAGACAUGAUGAAUCCCAUUUACCAGCAACCGGGUCCGCCUCGCACCAUCCUGCCCACCAUCUCCUCAGACGACACAGAGACGGAGUACCUGAACUGUUUUAAAAACGGGACCAACGGACCCGAGUACCUCAACGAGGUCCCGUCCCCCGCCAUCCUCCCGCUCACCUCCAACGGCACGGUUCACAGCAUUCAGAAAUACCAGCCGCAGAACAGCAUAGACAACCCCGAUUACCAACAGGACUUCACUCCCACCUUCAAGACCCACGCCAACGGACACAUCCCAGCGGCGGAGAACGUAGAGUACCUGGGCCCAGACUGAGGACUUAAUGGAUACAGACAAUAAAUAUGAGACUGUUUCCCUUUCCAUUAAGAAGGGGCAUUGAUGUCUUGAUGGCUGAGAAGGCAUCGCUAAGUGGUACCAUCAAUUAUCAUAUAUGUCUUACGGAGUCAAGUGACACUUUGUGCAAGCUUUCCGUGUUGUUUGCAUGCAGUCCGACUUGUCACGCAAAAAAUCCCUCUCAUUCCAAAGAGUUUUUUUUUUUUUAUCACCAAAUGACUUUUUCUUGAUGAAAGCUGGACGAAAGCUGCGUGACUCAGUUGACCUGAGAGGUGCUGGACCAGCUGCGCUCCGUUCAUACGUUGUAACCCCUGUCAGAAAGCUAAAAAUCUCUCUAAAGGUUGUGGACAAAAUGCUGUAUGUGAUCCAGAUGUGUCAGUGGAGGACUGCUGAAAAAGGUCUAAAAACACCCCCUUUAAGAAAUAUGAAAAUGCCUCCAUUUUUUGGGAAGCAGAAGCUCUACUGCAAAGAACAGAAACCGGCAGCUCAACCCAAAACACAACCCAAGGUACAUGUGUUGUAGAAUCACAAGUUAGAUACACAAUCAGUCAACGGUGUGUUGGAAUUUAAAGGGUUGACGACACACAGUGGUGCUCUCACUUGACGCUGAAGGCUUAGGACAUUUCGGCGCGGGGAAGUCAAGACAAUGAAAGGGAGUUUUUAAGAGUAAAAUGCCGGCUCGACUGUUGAGCUCCUCGGAGGCCUGACGACACUCAUCCUGAAGGAUGAGUCAACGAGGACACUAAAUGUUGCGAUUGUAUAGAAUGUAAAGGGGAAUACUGGUGAAAUGUAUUGUUUAAAUAUGUUACUUUUAUGCUCUAAGACAGAUCUGUAUGUAUUGUAAACUGGUUGCUGUCUCUCUUAGAUUGAAACAAGAGAGUUCCCCGUGUCCCCUGAUGUGUGAUAUCACACUAGCUAUGUAGAGAAUGUAAUGGUAAAUAUAGCGGAUGUGCUUGCGGUCAUAUUCACACUCUGAGGUUUGCAAGUGGAAAACCUGCAGCCCUCUUGUAGCGUGAUGCAUAUUGUGUGGACCCACAAAGCUGUCUAAACUCUAAGCUAGUUUGUGCACCCAGGAAGUAUUUUCUGGCCCUUUUACUGAUUAUUUCCCACCGUUCUAGUAUCUUUUGUAGCAGCUUAUCAAGUUUUAACCGAUACAAAAACAUAACCAGGACAAACUGGUCUAACUGAUUAUCCUAUACACUACUAACACAGGGCUGACACAUAUAGACAGACAACCAUUCAUGUUCACAUUCACACCUACGGGCAAUUUAGAGUCAACAAUUAACCUGACCUGAAUGUCUUUGGACUGUGGGAGGAAACCGGAGAACCCGGAGAACCUGCAAGCUAGGACAAACUAAAAAUAUAUAUAUAUAUAUAUCUAUCAAACACAAAAAAGCUGGUAGAACUGUCUUAGGUCAUGUGAGUAACUUUUUAGAUUAGAAGUAGCGUUUCCCUGUAAACACAAGUUGUUUUACAGACUAUUUGAAUGGCUCAAGUCAGAAACAAAAUAUGUUUCUGAUGUUCGUGGUCUAAUGUAUCUUUAAUAUUACCUUUCCUUGUCUGAUUUUUUUUUUUUUUUUUUUUUUACAAAAGUGUAGACAGUUGAAUCUGCUCUGAGCUUUAAAGUCUUGUAGUCUCGCAAGAGCAUUAAACUUUGCAAAUAUUAUUCCUAGUUUUAAAGGAAUAUUCUAUUGUAGCAACCUGAAAGCCUACUUUUGCAGAUUUUACACAGGUACAUGUACAGAAAACCGUGAUUAUACUGUAAUAUGCCCUAAAAUAGUCACCUAUAAUUUAUACUCAGUACACUGUUUUGUCACAUCAUACGUGAAUAUGCACUUAUUCCUGAAUUGUGAUUAUUUCAUUCAAAAGUGAACAUGAAUAAAUCUUUUUUUUCUAUGGAAA